AACGGCUUGUAUGAAAAUGUUGAUGUGUAAGCACCUACAGUUAUCCGAAUAACAUUUCCCGUCCAGGAUUGUGUCACAACCUAUUCUGCCUCUACGUUUGCUUCCCACGAAAGGACUUAACUGCCAGCUCCACCAGGGAGGGAGAAUUACCAACCAAAAUGAAUGAGGAGGAAUCACCCACCGUGGAAUCGCAGCAUGAGACCCUCCUACUUCGAUGGGACAUCAAGAACAUCGAAAUCAGAACCCGGAGCGUGGAAAAAACUCUAGAGCCACUUGUGAUGCAGGUGACAACCCUGGUCAACUCGAGCGGGUCCUCGAAGAAGAAAAAGGGCAAGAGUAAAAGAGCCCACGUACUGGUGGCCGCUGUUGAGGCUGCAACAUCGCAUUUCAUCGAGCAAGGAAAGAUCAUUGCUAAGGAGAACCCCGACGUCAGCAAAGAAAUGCUCGACGUCGUGGAAGAAGUCAAGAAAGCAGGGGAGGACAUGUCCAGCAGUGCUAAGGAAUUCGCCGAAGACCCUUGCACGAGCGGCAAGCGGAAAACGAUGGUUCUGGCUGCCAGGAAACUGCUGGCUGCCGUCACGCGACUGCUCAUCUUGGCCGAUAUGGUGGAUGUGCACCGCUUGCUGAAGAGGCUGAAAGGGGUCGAGAACGACCUGGAAAACGUGAAAAAUGCCUCGAGUAACAGCGAGCUCCUGGAAAAAUUCCGCAUCUUCAACCAGAACACAGAGGACCUCAUCAACCAAGCGGCGAAACGCCAGCAGGAGCUCAAGGACCCGCGGUUGCAGGAUGACCUAGCGGCAGCGAGGGCCAUUCUCAAGAGGAACUCUGCUCUUCUCCUGACGGCUUCCAAGGCCUAUGUACGACACCCUGAGUUGGCAGCAGCCAAAGCCAAUCGAGAUUACGUCCUUCGACAAGUCUGCGAGGCCGUGAACACGAUCCACGACGUAGCCCAGGGGAAGGCCUCUGGCCUCAGCCACCUACCGCAGGAAAAAGCUGGAGCACUUUCAGUGGCGAUUGAUGUGUUUGAUAACUCGGCUGAAAUAGACCCUCUGGACUACAACGAAGUGACGUCUAGGCCUACUCUCGAGGAACAGCUGGAAGCCAUCAUCAGUGGAGCUGCCCUGAUGGCCGACUCCUACUCCACGCGGGACGAUCGCAAGCAGAGGAUCGUCCACGAAUGCAACGCCGUCAGGGAAGCCCUUCAGGACCUUCUCACGGAAUACAUGGACAAUGCUGGCAAAAGGGAGCCGUCAGCCGCCCUCGACCAGGCGCUGGGACACGUCCACGUGAAAACGCAGGACCUGCGCAGACAGCUGCGCAAGGCAGUUGUGGAUCACGUUUCAGAUAGCUUCGUUGCUACAGAUAUUCCCCUUCUGGCUCUAGUGGAGGCCGCGCGAAGCGGAGACCAGGAGAAAGUAGCGGAGUGCUCCAAGGUGUUCGCCGAUUACGCCCGCAACAUCGUAGAGGUGUCGAACCUCGCUUGUUUGAUGUCGAGCGACGAGGAUGGGACGAAGAUGGUCCGAUACGCGACGUCCCAGAUCGACCAACUGUACCCUCAGGUCAUCAAUGCAGCCGAGAUGCUCGUCCUCAGGCACAAGUCCAUGGUGGCCCAAGAGAACAUGGACUCUUUCAAAGAAGCCUGGGAGAACCAACUGCGAAUUCUGAUCGAAUCCGUCGAUGACAUCACAACGGUCGACGACUUCCUGGCUGUCUCCGAGAACCACAUCCUGGAAGACGUCAAGGCCUGCGUCCAGGCCAUCAGCGAAGGCGACCUGGACACCUUCGAGCGGGUGGCUGGCGCCAUUCGAGGUCGUUCGAGCCGCGUGUGCGACGUCGUCAGCGCCGAAAUGGACGACUACGAACCCUGCCUUUACACCGAGCAGGUCCUGAAGGCGGUUGAGAUGCUGAGAGAUAAAGCUAUUCCAAACUUCGGGAACUGCGUCGACAUCGUAUCGACGACCAUGAGGGACGACCCGUCGAAGGACAUCGACGAGAACGACUUCAUCGACGCGUCGCACCUCGUGUACGACGGGGUGAGGGAGAUUCGACUGGCGGUCGUCAUGAACAGAGGAGACGACGAACUCGACCCGGAGGAGUUCGUUACCAACCCUCUUCCGGAGAGAAUCAACAUUAGGAGUAGCAUGCUGUUGUCGACGGAUGACAUCCAAGCCAUCGACGAAUACCCAGAGGUGACGGGCAUCACCACCGCGCGGGAUGCCAUGAAGAACCUUAGCGACAGAGACAAGGACAAGAUCGCCGUGGAGGUCGAGAACUUCCAGGAGGAGAAGAAGAAGUUGGACAAGGAGGUGUCCAAGUGGGACGACUCCGGGAACGACAUCAUCGCCUUGGCCAAACACAUCUCCACCAUCAUGAUGCAGAUGACGGACUUCACCAGGGGGCGAGGCUCCCUGAAGACCACCAUGGACGUGAUCGAGGCGGCCAAGAAGAUCUCGAUGGCCGGCACGAAACUGGACAAGCUGGCCCGGGAGAUCGCCGAGAAGUGCCCCGAGUCCUCGACCAAGAAGGACAUGCUGGCCUACCUGGACCGCAUCGCCCUCUAUUGCCACCAGCUAAGCAUCACCUCGAAGGUCAAGGCCGACGUCCAGAGCAUCUCCGGGAACCUCAUCGUGUCUGCUCUGGAUUCGGCGACGUCUCUGAUCCAGGCUGCGAAGAAUUUGAUGAACGCCGUUGUCUCGACGGUCAAGUGUUCCUACAUCGCCUCUACUAAGUACAAACGUCAUUUCCAGAAUGAGGGGGGUCUUCGCGUCGUGUGGAGGAUGAAGGCCCCUGAGAAGAAGCCACUGGUGAGGCCGGUCCACCCAGAAGUGGUCAAGGCCAAGGUCAGGAAAGGAAGCCAGAAGAGGCCCGUGCCCCCUUCCCAGGUCCUGGCGGAAAUCGAACGCAUCGAGGAAUUUGUGUGAUGGAUUCGUCUGAUUCCUAUAAUCUACCCUUUUCAGAAGGCGAGUGUAUAGCUUCCCUCUGAGUUAUGGUCCACUUUUUUGUCCCCCUUGAGUUUUAUUUGUGUAGAUAGGGUGUCCAUAAAGUCCCAGCACCAUUCUGAGCUAUAAAUACUUGUAAUGGUACUGGGACUUUAUGGACACCCUGUUCAAUCAGGCCUGGCCUUAGGUAAUCAUUUAAGUUAAUCAAAUGUAUAACUGUCGGCUCAUGCGUUUCAUAAAUGUAAAAAUUAGACCUGAUAACCUGUCAUCUAUUUUCAGUUACUGGUGUAUCGUUACUUAAAUUCAAAUUUUAUAGGAUGGUGGUUCCUCUGCGAAUGCUUUUAAUAAAAUAUAUUCAUAAGUUUUGUAAAC